AUGCAAGCCGGCAGCAGCCUGGCCUGCUCCGCAGGCCUUGACGGGCAGUUUUCAGACCUUGUUGGAGACGCUGCAUGCUCCGGAGGCCCAGUUUGGGAGGGCGGCCCACUGCGUGUCUACGAGUUUUUCAGCGGCAUUGGGGGCUUGCGCGUGGGUCUUACCGAGGCCCUAGAGAGCCUGAGGAGGAAAGGGCUUUGCGAAAUAGCCACGGAAGUUGUGGGAGCCUACGAUAUCAGUACAACUGCCAACGGGGUGUAUACACACAACUUCAAAACUUCACCAAUCUGCUUAUCUAUAGAACAUCUUUCCUUGCAGCAUGUAGACGGGCAGGCAGACCUAUGGCUGCUGUCGCCUCCUUGCCAACCUUACACAAGGGGGGGCAAGAAACUGGACAGCCUAGACGGAAGGGCAACGGGCUUCUUGCACUUGCUGCAACUGCUUAGCGGCUGCUGCUCUCCGCCUCAGUUCAUAUUCUUAGAAAAUGUCAGGGGAUUUGAGGGCUCAGACACCUGGAGACGCAUGCAACAGGUGCUCCGUAGCCAACACUACCGAGUUCAACACUUCCUUCUCUCUCCUACACAAAUUGGCAUUCCAAACACAAGAGUCCGAUACUACUGUUUGGGCUGCAGAGACACAACCCAACCCCUGCAGCAAGGUCUGCAGUUGCUGCUUCCAGAGCUGCACCAGCAACAGGGGAAUCAGAAGCAGCAGCAGCCGCUGCUUCACAUCCAAGGGGCGCCAGAGUCUUCUCAGAAAAGCAUCGUGGAGGCUCCUGAGUUGCAGAUGGUGCCCCCCAUCUCAUCGGGUGCCCUAGGGGGACCCCCAUUUGAAGUGCGGUGUGUUGGGGAUUUCUUGGAGGUAAAUAUUACACCGGAGGAGCAGCAGGCCCUGCGCAUUCCUGCUGGUCGCCUGCGGCGCUUUAUUGACGUGAAUGAAGAAACGGAGACAGUUGAAAGGGGACGAAAAGCGACAGAGUUGGAGGAAAACAAAAGCGGAGCAGGGCACGGAGAUGGGGACAGAAGAGAAAGAGAAUGCCGUACAAACACAAGCGAUACAGAGAAUGACGCUGAAGAGAGACAGGGGGAAUGGGCAAUAGGGGAGGAAAAUAGCCGUAUAGCCAAUACGAAAGCUCAGUCUUCUAGGGGCAAUGGCUUCAGGCUGGAAAUAGUGAGCCCGACACAUACUGCAUGCGGCACCUUCACCAAAGGGUACGGACGCAACCUCCACUCUGGGGGCCCCCUCCUCCUCAUUUCUGAAGGCCAGUCCCCGCCAAGGGGCCGCGAAAAAGGAGCAGCCACAGUAGCAGCAGCUGCUGCUGCAACAGCAGAAGCAACAACAGUCGAAGUUGACAACACUGCAACAGCAUCAUCAGAAGCAGUGUCGACCGAAACGGCCGCUGCAGCAACAUCCGCAGCAGCAGCUGCAGUGCUAACUCCUCAGACUUUAGAACGAAGCCGAUUCCGUCGUCUGCAGGAGGGGGAGACCAUCCGCUUUUUCUCAUCUAGGGAAUUGCUGCGACUCCAUGGAUUUCCUGAAUCUUUUGCCUUUCCCUCCUCUCUGCCGUUUCGGAAGAGGGCAGCCCUCGUGGGCAACUCCGUUAACGUUAAAGUAGUGGCCCUGCUGUUGGAGUACCUGCUGCAGCAACAUGUACAGCGGAAGCUGUAG